AUGCCAACUGAACAACAAUUUCGUGAUACUCUAAAUUCACUAGGCUGGGGCUCAAACAACACAAGAGGUAGUGGAAUUAGGCUUCCCACCAAUAACAACAAUUCAACACCAUUUUCGCGACUUACAGAGAACACUUCAAGUUUCUUUGGAAGUGUUAGUAAUCGAGUACAAGGAUAUAUUCCUUUAACAAAUAAUCAGGAAGAAGAAAGUUUGUUUACUUUGAAUAGAUGGCAGAGACUCACUGGAUUCGGAAUUCUUCUAAUGGCGGGUGCACUAUGUUUCCUCAUUGCAUUCUUGACAAUACCUAUAUUACCAAUAAAUCCAAGAAAAUUUGCAGUCACAUAUACAAUGGGAAGUCUUCUAGUACUAGCAAGUUUUUCCAUGCUUAAAGGACCAGUCGAAUAUCUUAAACAUAUUUUUUCGAUGGAGCGGCUUGCAUUCACACUUGCAUAUCUAGGGUCAAUGAUUGCUACCUUGUACGUUGUAUCCUAUUUCCCGGGUGGAGCUAAUACUCUACAAAUGGGCACUCGUAUGUUCGCAAAUCAAGCUACCAAUAUUUUGCCAUUUUGA